AUGUGUUCUUAUUUUACUGGCGGCCCUGGAACGGUUUCUCGAUGUUCUGGGGCCGCUGGUGGGGCAGCUAGCUCCCCUUCAGGUUUUCGUAGCCGGCGACCUCAAUGCCAAGUCCACGGCUUGGGGAAAUCCGGUUACGAACCCAAAAGGGAGGGAGUCCAAACGUGCGUGCGUUGGUCGGGAGGUUCCGUGGUAGACGUCACGUUUGCCACGCCAGCUAUCGCACGCAGAGUGGAGGGGUGGAGGGUGGAAACGGAGGUGGAGACUCUCUCGGACCAUCGAUACAUAAGGUUCGAGGUGUCUCCAGCUCCCGUCCGUCCGGCGUCAUCGUCGUCGUCAACGUUGUUCAGGGGGUGUAGCCAGUUUCCACGUUGGGCACUCUCCAAGCUCAACCGGGAACUGGCAGAGGAGGCCGCAAUCGUCGGCCGCUGGAGUCUCCCGCCAUUGCUGGAGUUUGGGGUGGAUGAGGCGGCUAACCGGCUCUGCGACACAUUUACCGCUGUCUGCAGAGCGGCCAUGCCGCGCGCGAAGCGUCUACCCCAACGGCGGGUGCUCUACUGGUGGUCGGCUGAGAUAGCCGGUCUCCGGGCCGCCUGCAACGGGGCCAGGAGGCAAUAUACUCGGAGCAGGCGGAGACGCCCCCAGGACGUGGACAGGGACGACAGGCUGCGCAGGAUCUACGUGGAGAAAAGGAAGAUCCUGCAGCAGGCCAUAUACCGAGCCAAGGAGGAGGCCUGGCUGGAGUUAGUUGGGGGUCUAGAG